GCUCGGUUUUAUGAGGUAACAGUGUUGUAAAUUAUGGUUGUUGUGUUGUGUUUGUAGAUGUGUAGAGGGUAGUUGGAGUUUUACUGGAAGCUGUUGUUGUUUUGUUGUAGAGAAGUGUGAAUUUUCAUUUUCUGAGGUAAAAAGUUUGGAUUUUUGUGGAGUAAUAAGGGAAGAGUGGGUAAGAAAAGAUGUUUUAUUCGCAGUUUAUAUUGGCAAAAAAGGGGCCCUUAGGAACUAUAUGGAUUGCAGCACAUUUGGAACGGAAGCUUCGAAAAAAUCAGGUGGCUGAUACCGAUAUUGGUGACUCUGUAGAUUCAAUUCUUUGCCCUGAUGUUCCCAUUGCAUUGCGGUUGUCAAGCCAUCUUCUACUUGGCGUAGUGAGGAUAUACUCUAGGAAGGUCAAUUACCUUUUUGAUGAUUGCAGUGAGGCUUUGCUUAAGAUCAAGCAAGCUUUUCGCUCCACUGCUGUAGAUUUACCUCCUGAAGAAUCUAAGGCACCUUAUAACUCAAUCACUUUGCCAGAGACUUUCGAUCUUGAUGAUUUUGAGCUGCCAGAUAAUGACAUCUUUCAGGGGUUGGUUCUUUCAUGUUUUGUGUUCUUUCCAUCAUGAAG